AAACCUGGGUCAGUUAUUCAUUGCUCAACACACUGUUUCACCUUCAAACCACUGUUCCCGCUCAGUCCAUGGUCGUUCACACCCAAACAUCAAAGAUGUCGCUGUACCGUACCUUUCUAGUUUUGACCCUGAUGGGCUUCAGUCAAAGUGCCCCUCCAGUAGAGUCGGACCCAUAUGACCUGGAAAACUACGAUGUGGAUGCAGACACGUGGGACCUAAAUACAUACGGAGAGACCUAUAUUUAUGAUGACCUGGAUGAGGAGAUUGAGGUUGUGACGUCGGCCCCGCCCCCUGCUGUCACUCAGACAUCUGCUGUAGUUUAUCUGGAGGAAGUUACACUGCCACCCCGAUCAACAAAAUCACCUGCCCCUUCCACCCUAGACUUCCGUGCACCGGGACUAUUUGGACCUGACACGGGCUUGGGACUGCCUUCCUGUCUGUUGUGUGUGUGUAUCAGUGGCAGUGUGUACUGCGAUGACUCAGAGCUCACUCAGAUUCCUCCUCUCCCCAAAGACACCACACACUUCUACGCUCGCUUCAACAAGAUCACUGAAGUCAAGGCCCAAGAUUUCAUCAAUCUCAAUAAGCUGAAGAGAAUUGACCUAAGUGGAAACCUGAUUAGUAAAGUGGAUGAGGAUGCUUUCCGUUCACUGUCUCAUCUCCAGGAUCUUCUUUUGGCUGACAACAACAUCCAGGUCCUGCCAGAACUCCCGGCCAGCCUGAAACACAUCGAUGUCCAGAAUAACCAGCUGAGGAGUUCAGGCAUGCAUGCUGAGGCCUUUAAGGAAAUGAAGGAACUGCAGUUUUUGUAUCUGUCUAAUAAUAAGUUAGACUACAUUCCUGUACCGUUACCCGAAAGCUUAAGAGUGCUUCACCUGCAGAACAACAAUAUUCAGAGCAUAAGCCAAGACACUUUCUGUAACAGCCACGACAUGAGCUACAUACGAAAAGCCCUGGAAGACAUUAGGAUUGACGGCAACCCUGUAGACAUCAAUCUCUAUGCCCAAGCUUACGUCUGCUUACCACGUAUACCUGUUGGCACUCCGGUUUAGUAGAAAAUGUCCUAGUUUUCUAUUUUGUGUGUGUGUGUGUGUGUGUGUGUGUGUGUGUGUGUGUGUGUGUGUGUGUGUGUGUGUGUGUUACUGUCCUCUGUAAAAUAAUUACUUCAGUUAGCAUUUGUAUGCCUACAUUGAAAUGUUCAGUAGGUUGAGUAUUAAGGCAAAUUUGCACAGGAAGUACUAAGGUGCACAUAUUAUCUACACUUAUUUUGAUGCAGUGUCCUUUAUCACCACAAAGUGGCGCCCUUUACCACUUCGUACAGUCUGUGUUAACAACUGCAUUUCUAUACAUGCUUCCUUUUAAAGGUGCAAGUGUCAUUUAAUCUCAGAUUGAUGCUAAUUUAAACUGAUAAUGGCCUGUUUUUAUUAAUGAUAUUGCAUGUGUGCUUGUUGAUCCUUUCAUUCUCUUUCAUUCUCAUUCAUCAGUUUUCAGAUGCAGUGACAAUUUAUCUACAUCUAUAUUUAAAUCAAUUCUUUCAUGUAGCACACGUUACUUAGCAACUGUCAAAUAUUUAUAGUUUGACAUUUAACCGUGUGCACAAUGUAAAGAUAUUUCUAGAUUAUAUGCACUGGAUGUUAAGACACAACAAGUUUAAUCCUAAACAGGUUUUCAGACACCAAAACAUUGGAUGAUCAGGGGUUUUGGUGCAUCACCUGAAAAUGUGCUUAUUUUGAGUGUUUAUUCUACAUUAUUACGCUUACACAGCUACUUGCCACAUGAGUAAAUAAAAGUACAUGAAGUAAAUUGAUUUGUAAUAUUUUAUUUUAACUUAUUUGUUACUUAUUCAGACAAAAACACACUGUGGAGUGAUGCAUUAAACAUAUAGUAUCUAUGAUAACUCACAGCAGUGUGUUAUCAGUUUCAGGCAGUUGUUUCGGUAUAACAGACCUUGAAAUAAUGCAACUGACCAAUCAGAAUCAAGUAUUCCAGAGCACCAUGUAAUUCGCACCACUAAUCUCUCCCUCUCAUUUUUUCGGCCCCAUUCUCCUCACUGAAUAAUCCUGACAUUGUUAUUCGCUUAAUGUUUAUUUGCACAUGGGCUCAUACCAACCUCCACCCCUUUUCGCAUCGCAUCUGACUCUCUGCUAAAUGUCUAAAUGUAAAUGCCUACAUUUUUUAACCUCUUUCAUGCAUGCAGUGACUCACUCGAUGAAUUAAGAUGACAUAAAACUUGAGUGAUUCGGUGUUGGAAGGCAGAACACCACCAGUGACUAAUUGGUACAUGGAAAGGUUGCGUGUUUGAGAUGAGGAUGCAACAAAAUAAAAUGCUUUGUAAACAAUCAUUUCUAAAUAUGCAGGGUUCGUGCACCUGCUCCGAUGCACAGGAAUCUAGGUCUCUCUCUCUCUCUCUCUCUCUCUCUCUCUCUCUCUCUCUCUCUCUCUCUCUCUCUCUCUCUCUCUCUCUCUCUCUCUCUCUCUCUCUCUCUCUCUCUCUGUGCGGGGUCUGUGAAGGUGACCUUGCAUUCUGGCUGAGCUCAUCCAUUGAUCUCAUCGCUGAAAAACCAACGGGCUUCCCUCCCACAUGAUUCAGGAAAGGGAGGGGCUGUAGAUAGGUGCAUAGGCUGUGGGGGGGGUUUUCAGCAGUGUGUGUACAGUAUCUAAGGAGGUAGCAGGUGAUAAGAGGGGCUAAGGAAAAACAAAUGUUUAAAACAUGCAUCCAUCGUCUUUUUAACAAGCCCUGUCACCCAGAGCCGUCAAAAAACAAAGAGCACAUACAUCUCGAAGAUUAAAAAGCUUCCUCCCGCAUGCAAACUAACUGACUCUAUUGUUGUGAUAUCAAAUUACUAGGUGACUGGUUAGUGUACUGUCAAGCUUGGACUUGCUGACACUGUUAGUAAAAUUAAACAAUUUCUAAGUAAAUAGAAAUGUCUGUCAAGCAAGAUUUUCAAAGCGAGAUGUUAAGUGAAUAAUGUCUUUUUCGGCCUAAAAAUAACACUAUCGUAUGUGGUGUUUAUUUAAACUGCAAAUUUUGAACAUCAAAAGAGAUCAAUUUUAGGUUAACUACCCCUUGAAAUUCAAUCGCUCGCGAUCAAAUCAUGGACAAGUCCUCCCUCAUAUUUAAAAUGUCUGAAUAAUAACUGGCUGUGACUGUUAUGGCUCUAAUCAGCAUAAAGACAAAAGUCACAGAGACUUCAAAGCAGAAUGGUUUUUACUGCAGGGUAGGGUGACAUUUGUGCCUUAGCAGGGAGAGGAGGGAGAAAGAAAGAUUAAAAGUUAAAGUAAGAAAUAUGAACAGAGACGAAGAGAGAGAGAGAGAGAGAGAGAGAGAGAGAGAGAGAGAGAGUGUAGUGAGCGAUGGCUACUGCAGGCAAAAACACUGGGGGUUGGAGUGGGUGUGUGAUCAAUAAAUGAGCGUUCUGUGGACAAAGUGAGAGAGAGAGAGAGAGAGAGAGAGAGAGAGAGAGAGAGAGAGAGAGAGAGAGAAAGAAUUUAGUGAAUUAAAUCACUCCACACUAUACCAGUAGUUUACUGAAAUGUGCCGGAGAAAUGGAGAAGGAAAUAAAUUCGGGGGCCAUUUUCUUUACACCACACUGUGUUUUUUAUGGGAGUGCUGCAGUAGAUGAAAGCACUCAUCAUUUGUACCUUUGAUACGCUGUACAUUCAUUAUGACUGAAUCUGAGCCUAUUGGU